AUAAUUCAAUUGUUUAUGCGUUCCUACAGCUCUCCAUCGUUUUACAAUAUCGGAAAAAAGGAGGAGUUAGAACACAGAAUGGAUCCUGUUGAUGAAUUUACUAUGAAUAUUGAAAAAAAUCGCUUAGUAACAUUUUCAGACUGGCCAUACGAAGACUGUUUGUGUUCAUCAAAAAAGAUGGCAGAAGCUGGCUUUUUUCAUGUUCCAUCAGAAAAUGAACCCGACCUUGUAAAAUGUUUUUUAUGUUUGAAAGAACUUGAUGGCUGGGAACCUGAAGACAAUCCAUGGAAAGAACAUAAACGUCAUUCGCCAAAAUGUCAAUUUAUAAAGUUGAAUAAAAAAGAAUGUGAUUGGACAAUUGAAGACAUGUUGAAAUUAGAGGUGAAAAGACAAGAGAAUAGAGCUGAGAAAAUGAUUUCUGCAAAAAUUGAGAAAUUUCGUGAAGAAGCAAAAAAAGUUCGAGAAAAAUUAGAAGACAUGUAGAUGGGAUUGUUUUAUGUAAAUACAAUAUAACAAUAUAAUAA